UCAUCACAGAUGCAUAACUUGUCCAACCAGUGAGUUUAAGGAAGUUAACAGCACACCUUUAUAUGUGUCUUGACUUAACUCUCAACACUCAAUCUCCAUCAUUUUGCCUCUUACUGUGACUGAACACAAGUCUGUGUCCUCUCUAGUCUCUCACUAAGACAGGAUGACCUUUCAACAGCCAAAGCCUUUUGUCACGACACACACUUCUAACCAAUGGAGUUCUGGAAUCUGUGACUUCUGUGAUGAUGUACCAGAGUGUUGCUUUUCAUUUUGGUGCUUUCCUUGUUUUGCCUGCUCGACGGCUCGUAAGCACGGCGAGUGUUUGUGUCUCCCUCUGCUCGAUGGAUACGGAUGCAUACCUCCAAUAACGUUGGCCAUGCGGGUAUCAGUGCGCAGUCGCUAUGGAAUUCAGGGUACCAUCUGUAAUGACUGCCUUUAUUCUUUCUUCUGUGGUGCCUGUGUCUGGUGUCAGAUGUCUCGAGAAAUGAACGUUCGUGGACAAACAGUCACACUUGUUAGCAGUCAACCAAGAUGAAGAAAUCUUGGACCCACCGACUGUGAUUCAUUUAGAUCUGCACAUCUGUAUUUGUUGCAAGGGAACAAUAAAGUUUUUGUAGUUUUUGUAAAAUCUGCAAUGAAUGAUACACUGAAAAUGUAUAAUUCACUCAUUCAUUCAAUGUUACCUUAUUUCCAUUACAUGUUUAACGCUCAAACUGUACAUGCUUACACGAGGAGAACAAAGAUUGUGAAUUGAUACAAUAGCCCUUCCAGGCAAAUGUUAUUUUAUCUAGCUCAUUCUGUGAAAUUUGUAAAAAAAAAAAAAUAAAAACUGAAGUGUGUGAAGGUAGGCAAAUCGAGCGUCAACCUCAAAGAGAUGGUUUUUGUCUAACAUGAAAAGGAAUUUAAUGAUAGUCUUAGUUCUGUCACUGAUUCAUUCAGAUUAAAUCCACAUGCAAUUUGG